GUCAUCGACUUCAUCAUCGACCAUGGCGGCAAAACGCAAAAACUCUGACACAAUAGAUCCGACAACGUCCUCUGCAUUAUCUGCGCUGUUACCGGCGCCAUCUACUAGUAGAAACCGUGUUCCGCGCUCUGCUACUAGCUCCAGGAGUAGCUCGCGGCCUUCUCGCUCACAGAGUGGCGGACCAAGCGAAGAUACGUCAUUGCUACCAGAUCAUGCAGAAGGAGACCUCUCGCACCACCGGAGAAAGAGGCCCAGAAUUGAUACCAGUGACGAAGAGCAGACCGAUGUAGAUCAGUUCCAUGAAGCACGUCUUCCCUCCAACCCACCAGAGAACAAUGUCUCAGAUGAUUUCUCAGAGGCAGGCACCUCGUCACAAGUCGCCUCAACCUCACUGCUGUCGAGUUGGAACAUGGCUCCCAAUCUCAUGCUAGGCUCAAUCCCAUCCCUGGACGAGGAAUUAGAGCUGGCUGACUCGGACCAACCACCGCCCACGCAAGAGUCAGUAGCAUCGCAGGCUCAUCCAGAUGCCACAGAUGCAGAAAUUGAAAUUUACAUCGUGGAGCAAAGGGGAACUUCUCUAUCAGUCUCCGAAAUCACUGAUGUUCUCUCAGACGACGUAGUCGUCAUUAGCCCUACCUUGUCUCCGCGUCGAACUCUGCCUUCACUGCGCCCUAUCGUCAUCGAUGAUCCAAUUCCCGUUGAGGUGAUGGGCGCAUUCACACCUGAAGCAGCUACGAGUCAGAACCCUCAUGUAUCCCCCCUGAACGCCACAAAUUCCUCAUCGUCUGCGCCGGAGCCACUAUCCGCUUAUACUUGUCCGAUUUGCUUCUCACCUCCCACUAACGCAACUCUGACACCCUGCGGUCACAUUUGCUGUGGAGCAUGCCUUUUUGCUGCUGUCAAAUCCACAGUGAAGCGGAACAUGGUGAUUGCUAUGGAUAGAGCCCCUGUUCCAAGAUGUCCCGUUUGCCGUGCUGAAAUACCGGGGUGGGAUGGACGGGGAGGAGGGGUAGUAGGGCUGAAAGUGGAGGUUGUUUAUUCUCUUUGAAUUUAAGCACGCCUCGUGUGAUGGGAAACAUAUACACAUGCGUAUGUUAUAUUGACCAUGGUCGAGGCUGACAACCACCGUAAUUCCAAUAAUGACCCUUCUAGAAAUCACAUAGCAGUGCAAUCAUAGCUAUCCCUCUCGGU